AUGAAGCUGACAGAGGAAGCCCUGAGGAGUUUCCGGGUGGCCAGGAUAUUCAAGGAGAACUCAGAGAAGAUCAACUGCUUGGACUUUAGCCCUAAUGGCAAGGCAAUCAUCUCCAGCAGUGAUGACGACUCCAUUGUCAUGUAUGACUGUGGAGAGGGCCAACCCAAGAGAACUCUGUACAGCAAGAAGUACGGAGUGGAUCUUGUCAGAUACGCCCAUGCCGUGGACACUGCGGUGUGCAGCUCCAACAAAAUAGAUGACACUAUCCGUUACCUGUCCUUGCACUACAAUAAAUACAUCCGAUACUUUCCAGGACAUGAGAAGAGGGUAGUAGCCUUGUCUAUGUCACCAGUUGAUGAAACAUUUAUUUCUGCAUCUUUGGAUAAAACCAUCCGACUCUGGGAUCUCCGAGUCCCUAACUGCCAGGGUCUAAUGUAUCUUCAGGGAACGCCAUUUUGUGCUUUUGACCCAGAAGGAAUCAUUUUUGCUGCCGGAGUAAAUUCCGAAGUUGUGAAACUUUAUGAUAUUCGAGCUUUUGAUAAGGGGCCAUUUUCAAACUUCCAGAUGCAGCAGGACAAGACCAGUGAAUGGACAGGGCUAAAAUACAGCAACGACGGCAAACGCAUUCUCAUUGCUACCAAUGGCAGCUAUAUCCACCUGAUUGAUUCUUUUACCGGAGUACCAAUGCAUUCCUUCAAGGGAUUUAACAACAGCAACAAUAUUGCCUGUUUCACUCCAGAUUCUGAAUUUGUCAUGGCUGGCUCCGACGAUGGCAAGAUUCACGUCUGGAACGGUGGAAAGGGAAUAAAAGUGGCUGUGUUAAAUGGGAAACAUACCGGCCCCAUAACCUGUUUGCAAUUCAACCCCAAGUUCAUGACCUUUGCCAGUACCUGUUCCGACAUGGUGUUCUGGCUGCCCACCACCGAAGAAUCUAAGGACUGUUGGAGACCCGGGGUGCCUGCAAGUUAA